ACUUCUAGUAUGUAGAUACAUGCCCACACAAAUCUUGAUACACAGAUCAAUAAUUUUAUUUACAGCUCUAGUAUACGAGGUUUUUUUUUCUAGCUUUAUAGUCACAAUUUCUUUGCAUAUGGCCAUCAAAUAGCAGCUGCUAUUUGUUAAAAGGGCAUUGACAUUCCAGCAGUUCACAUAUUAUUAUAUCAGUAUUGUCUAUAUAGUCAAUUAGACCGCACUUGCUCUCUGGCGUACAGUAAAUUCCAUGCUGUACUUAACUGCUGGGAAAAGUUUGCCCAACCUGCGGAAUCGCUUCUUGUCCGAGUGAGUAAAAGGCCAGCAGAGUGGUAAAGCGUGUCAGGGAUAUGCUAUUCAUUUCGGCCAACUUGUACUUCGUGGCAGAAAACUUUUGACCGGCUAUUAAGUUGAUUAUGAUUAUACUUGGCUGACUUGAUGACAGUUACUGAUGAUAUGAAAUUAGCUGUAAAGUUGCAAAUUACUGAGUUGGCUUUUCUACCCGUUAUAUUCCAAUAUUCUGCUUCGUAUAGAAAAGGUCAUAGAACCCCUGGUCAAGGACAGCCAAAGGUUUCGAAAUAUGUUUCGGUAGUAGUAUAAAUAUCGGGAUAUAUGGUCAUCGUUCACAACAACUCUUACUCCACCUGACAGCGCCAGACCCCUGCCUUCUGAUUACCCGCCAUCUUCAACAUGCAGACAACUGCUCUAUUCCUCGUCGCUGUUGCCCUGAUUGCAGGUGCAAAUGCGUGUUCCGACGACACCACUCCAAUGGAGCGAUGCCCUGAGGAGUUCGAGAGAAAAGCCAACCUGUUGGUGCCCGAUAUCGAAGCUGGCCGGAAGUCUCCGACUGCCAUUUGCCCUCUUGCCGUUGAGAUGGAGGAAUGCAUGAUGCGAGUUGUGAACAACUUGUGCGAUGAAAUGACCAAGAUGUUCAUGCAGCCAAUGGUGAGAAACCUGAUGCAGGCCGCAAGAGACGAGGCCGGAUGCACGUUUGUGGCUCGACGGGAUACACAGAAACUGGUGGCGCGGUCUCUGGCGUUGUCUAAGCAAAAGGUCGUGACAGUCUGAACAGUACCAUGAUGCGUCCUUGUCAAGUAGUGACUACAAUUACUGCCACCUUUUGGGGGGUAUUUUUGUUUUGAUUGAUUUGUUUUUCUUUUGGGGGCGGGAGGGGAGAAUUGACGUUAAUAAUAUUUUUGAAUGAAAAGAAAUAAAAUGUUAUGAAAAUA